AUGAAACUACAUGGCUUUUGUGAUGCAUCUCAAAGUGCUUAUGUUCGGUUAUUAUGUGCCAAAUCACGAGUUGCACCUACCAAAACUUUAACUUUACCACGAUUGGAACUCUCUGCUGCAUUAUUGGCUGAGUUGAUGAAUCGAAUUGUCAAAUUGAGCAAUGUUGAUUCAAGGAGUGUGUAUUGUUGGUGUGAUUCGACGGUGGUCCUAGCUCGGAUUCAGAGUACUCCCUCUCAGUGGAAGACGUACGUGGCUAAUCGUGUUACUCAAAUUUUAGAUGUGAUUGGUAAUGAAAGGCGGAGACACGUUCUUACCAAUUGUAAUCCCACAGAUUCCUUUUCGCGUGGAAUAAAUGUAGACGCGUUGUUGUCGUCGGACCUAUGGUGGAAAAGUCCUGCUUUUCUUAGAAGUAUCAAAGAAGGUUGGCUAAUCACAUCCGAACGUUAUACGAUUUCUCAAGAAGCGUCAAAUGAAAUGCGGCCUGUUAAAUUCACUCUCACGACUGAUCCCGUGGAUAAUAGACUACUUCAGUAUUUUUCGACCUGGUUCAAGUUGUUGCGCAUUAUUGCAAUAUGGAAGCGGUUUAUUGCCUGGGUCCGUCGCAAAGCGAUAUCUACAUCACCUCAACCAGAAACAGGUCCGUUUAGCGUUAUUGAACUUAAUAACUCACGGGAUAUCUGA